AGGCGGAAGGGGACCGGAAGUGGCUGGAGCGCGGCUGUUUUUGAGAGCGCCGGGAAGAUGGAUCGCUACCUGCUGCUGGUCAUCUGGGGGGAGGGCAGGGUUCCCUCGGCCGCUGGGGGCCUGCAGAGCGAGCAGGGAUCCCCGGGAUCUUCGGCUAAGGGCAUCGAGAAGCCCCCCGACUUUACAGCAGCAAGUAUUUAUCAUCUUCUGAAAAGAAGCAUUAGUGCUUCAAUCAAUCCAGAUGACAGUACUUUUCCUGCCUGUUCAGUCGGUGGUAUACCCAGUGCUAGGAAGUGGUUCUUUGCAGUGCAGGCCAUAUGCGGAUUUUAUCAGUUUUGUAGCUCUGAUUGGGAGGAGAUACAUUUUGAUGCAGAAAAAGAUACAAUUGAAGAAGUUCUUCAGACAAACAUUGAGGAAUGUUUGAGUGCUGUUGAAUGCUUUGAAGAAGAAGAUAGCAGUAGCAGAGAAUCCAUAUCCUUGGCUGAGCUAUAUGAAGAAUCUGCAGAAAAUUUACAUCAGUUAUCAGAUAAGCUUCCUGCACCUGGCAGAGCAAUGAUUGACAUAAUGCUACUGCCCUCUGACAAGGACCCUCCAAAGUUAAAGGACUGCUUACCUGCUGUUGGAGCAUUGAAGCAUCUGAGGGAAUGGCACUCGGCAAAAGUGACUGUGGCUGGCAGUCAUUUUGAAAUAAAUUGUCAGAAAAUUGCACAAUACCUUUCUGCUAAUGUUGUGUCCUUGGAAGAGCUCAGAAAUGCUAUUGACUCAAGGGAAUUAUGGCGGGGAAAGAUUCAGAUAUGGGAAAGAAAGCUUGGAUGUGAAAUUAGUUUUCCUGAAUUUUGCUUAAAAGGAGUCACACCGAAGAGUUUCAGUACAUCAAAUUUAAAUACUAGCUUUCUUGCCAAAAAGAUAAUACCAGCAAUGCAUAAGAAUAUUUUGCCUAAGGUUUUCUACUAUUAUGGUCCUGCUUUACAAUUUGUGCAGAUGAUAAAAUUGUCAGAUGUACCCUCCUGCUACAUAUCCGACGUGGAAUUUGAGUUAAGAGUGACAGAAAGCAACACCAGGGAGAAUUCCAUGUUGCUCUUGGAGCAGAUUUCAUCUCUUUGUGGCCAGGUUGGUGCGCUUUUUGUGUUGCCAUGUACUGUUAGUAACGUACUUGUCCCACCUCCCAACCAGCUCAGUUCAAGGAAAUGGAAGGAAUAUAUAGCAAAAAAACCUAAGACAAUUGGUGUUCCAGACGUUGAAGUGAAAGGAGAGCAUUCCAGCUAUUACCUCUUGUUGCAAGGUCGUGGCAGUGGGAAAUGCAAAGCAACACUGAUUCACUCGGCCAACCAGAUCAAUGGCUCAUUUGCACUCCACUUGAUUCGUGGAAGGAUGAAAACAAAGACUGAAGAAGCCAAUUCAUGUUUUCCUUUCGACUUGCCCCCCGCUUGCUUUUCUGGAGAGCAGAUUUUACAGAGAGAGAAACAGUUGGCUCAUGUUCAAGUUUUGGCCUUGAAAGAAUGCCUGAAAAGGAGAAAGUUGGCAAAGAAGCCUGAAGCCCUUUCUGCGGAUGAGCUCAAAAAACUGCUGACACUCACGAGGGAGCGGGUCUUCCAUUGCCUCCGUGCCCUGGGUCCUCAGGCGAGCCGAAGACAGACGGCAGAAAUGAAAACUUCUCACGUGGCAAACGCUUCCAGCUCAGUAAAACCUUUUUCUUCAAGUGUAAUGGAAGCUGGUCCUGUAGAAUGGCCAGAAAGGCAUGCACUUCAGAAUCUGGAAACUUUUGGGAAAGCCAAACAAAAAAUGAGAACUGGUUCAUUGCCUCGUUCAUGUGAGCAGUUGCUGGGCCAUAAAGAGAGCCCCCGGGAUUCCAUGACAUCGUUAGAUGCUAAAGAAUUGCUGAAAUAUUUCACCUCAGAUGGGUUACCAGUGGGAGAUCUUCAACCUUUACAAAUUCAAAAGGGAGAAAAGACAUUUGUUUUGACACCAGAACUUAGUCCUCAGAAACUUCGGGUCUUACCUUUUGAAAAAGCCUCAGUGUGUCAUUAUCAUGGAAUUGAGUAUUGCUUGGAUGACCGGAAAGCUUUAGAGAGAGAUGGGGGGUUUUCCGAACUCCAAUCUCGUCUUAUUCGAUAUGAAACUCAAACCACGUGCACCAGAGAAAGCUUCCCGGUCCCCACGGUGCUGAGCCCCCUGCCGUCGCCUGCGGUUCUGUCGGAGCCCGGAAGCGUGCCUGAUGGAGAAGCUCUACAAAGUGAGCCCCGGAAAAGUGAACUCCCAUCUGAAGUUUCCCGGCUCAAACGGAGAUCCAAGCAUCAGAACGGCCUUUGUCCCCCCAAAAGACUUAUGAAAUCUGAAAGUCCAGAUUCUCUUCUUUCUCAAACGCGUGGCAGUAGUCAUCAGAAUCAUCAGGUGGUGACAUCCAGAAAGCCACGGGUAGAGAAAUUACUACCAACGUCGUCUCCGCUGCUUCCGCUUCCUACCCGUGAGACAUCAAAAGUCACCACGAAGGCCCAUUCGGGACAUCAAAGUGUGCAGGAAUCCAGGACAUCCAGACAGGGCAAGGAAUCGAGAUCACAGAAGCACACACGGAUCCUGAAAGAAGUAGUGACUGACACCUUGAAGAAGCAUGAUAUCACACAAGCCCACGAGUGCUUCCCGGCGUGCAGCCAGCGCCUCUUUGAGAUCUCUAUGGUCUACCUGAAGGAUCUUAAAACUUCAAGGGGUCUAUUUGAAGAAAUGAAGAAAACAGCAAACAACAAUGUUCUACAGGUGAUUGAAUGGGUAUUAGAAAAGACAAGGAGGAAAUGAUGGAAAACCCUUCUCUGUAGGACAAUUACCAGUUCAGUAAUUCACUGCUACAUUUCUGAAGAGUUUUAUAUAUGUAUAUUGUUUCCAUGAUGUUCAGUUAAUGUAUUUUUAAUUGUACAUUUGUUUUAUACAAUUUCCAAGAUUUUAAUUUUUAAAGUUAUUUUUAUAUGUUUUUAAAAUUUUAUUCCUGGUUAUUUAACUCUUACAAUAAAUCAGAAUAUUUACUUCUUG